AUGAACGAGCGAGCUGCCUCAGACGAUGACGACGUCCUCCUCGUUGACGGCGGUGGCUCCGCUGCCUGUUGGCUCUGCAGCGGCGGUCGUCGGAGAACACGCCGGGAAAGCGACCGCCGCCGCUGCUGCUGCUUCGGCGAUGGACUCGGUCCAAGCCUCGACGCUCGAGCCUCGUCGUGCCGUCGUCCCACCGACCAGUGUGAUGACGGCCCUCCUCGUCGGUGUUGUUCCACCACCGUCGACUCGGAGACUACUACUACUACUACCAGCGGAGAGCGCACGGCGGCGGCGGCGGGAUCAAGCGAGGACGGCGCCGGUGGCGAGCACGAGCAGCUCGGUGGCGCCGGUGGGUCGUGCCUGUCGCGGGCGGCGAUCGAAGCGUGGGAGGCCGCGGAGACUUGGGCCUCCGCUGUUGCGGCGGCGACGGGCGCGGUGGCGGGAGGAGGGGAUGGAGCCAGCGUGCAGACGGCGGAGGAGACCUUCGCUGGCCGUACGGAUAGGGAGACGACGCGGCAGGGAGGGAGGAGGACGACACCAAUGGAGCCCGGGCGCCGUUGCUGCCGGGCUGUUGAUGAGGGGAGGCCGGAGCGGCACCAAAGCAAUGCCCGUCGCCGCUGCUGCUCUCUUGCGGGAAGUGCCGCCGGGGUUUGCCAGAGGGCGGUCCACCGGCGCGAUAGCGUGCUGCUGCCGUGCGGCAGCUCUUCGACGGCGGCACCGAGGGGGUUUUGCCUGUGCGCCGUCCACCGGCGGGACAGCGUUCUGUGCGGCGGCGGCGGCGGUGGCGGGGAGCGGCAAACGGAUGCCGCCCAUUCCUUUGUCGGAGGAGGAGGAGGAGGAGGCGUUCACCCCCCUCAUGGUUCCCCGCCUCAAAGGACGAGCACGUGGGAUGAGUCCGAAAGGAGAAAGGGACCUCCGUCUUUGGCCGCUGAGGCAGCCUGUCCCCCGGUGGUCGUGGGUGCGGCGGCGGCGAUCGUGCUUUGGAGGAUCGAGCGGGGGAGUAGGCUGUGGAGUGAGCGCGCACGGAGGGCGGGGCUGGCGGCGCUGAGGGCCCAUCGCACGAGGGCGGGGCUACGGGAUGCGAGACACGCGACGGCCGUUUCGCAUUGCGACAUCGUGCUACAGGUUCGGGGCUUGAGGGGCUUGGGUGCUCGGGUUAGGAGGAAGAGGGAUCGGCGGAAGGCUCCUUUCGCUGCCGCGGCUGCUGCAGCCGCUAGGGUCGCUGAUACCUAUGCUCGAGCGCAGCAGAUGCAAAGGGUUGUGACCAUGCUGAAAAGGAACUGGCAGGCGCGCAUGGCCCUGCGAUCGCGAGACGAUCUAGCUGACCUGCACUUCGCUGAGUGGCGGGUACCCUACGCCGUGCAGGAGUGGCGACAGCGGGCUCGAGCUUCGAGGUUGUGCCGAGAUUCACAGAAUAUCGCCACGAGCAAGUGGAGGUCGAGAGCACUCCCGGCGGCCCUGGCUCGGUGGGCCGGGCACUCCCUCGGCGACAAGGAGAAGAGGCGGCGGCUGCUCGCAAGGCGCGACGUCCUGUUGGCGGCACCUCCCCCGCCGCUCGCCACCUCUAGGGUGUCCGGAAGCCACGACGGCAGUCGAGCUGGUGGUACUGGAAAGCAGCAGGGCGAAGCGUCCGUCCGACGGGAGUUACCAGAGACGGAGGAGGCCGAACCCGAUGAUGAUGAUGCUAGCGAAGGGUCGGGGCUAGCACCCACGGUGCUGCCCCGGGAGCCGGCGGCGGGCCCGGGGCCGUUGUCAGCAGCGGUUCCCGUAGAUGCUUCUGCGGGGGCGACGGUGACGCAGCGGUCUUCGGGGGGAGGGGAAAGACUACCGCCGGCGGAGAAAGCCGGAGGGUGGGAAGAAGGAGCGGAAGGGUCCGUUGUUGGCUCUGCCGAAUCGUCGGAGCCUGGGGAAGAGGAGAAGCAGGAUGUCAACGAACGCGUGGAAGGGGUUGUGGGAACCCAGAGAGUAGACGAGAAGCCGCCAACGCCGCGGGCGUUCUUGGCUUGCCGCUCGGUCCCCACAAUCGGCGUCGUGCGUGUUGGCCCUAGCUGUCUCGAGGAACGGUGGACGCUUGACGCUGCUGCUUCGAUGGACUGGGCCGUGCCGGCGCGAAAUCGAGGAGGAGUAGAAGCGUUCGGCGUCAGGCUUGACGGUGAAGGGGAGAAGAGGCGAAGCGGCAGUCCAGCGGAGAUCGCCGGCGGUUUCGGCGACACGGCACCUGCGGGCAAAAGCGAUGGAGGCCGAGGUCGAUGCAGUACGGCCAGGGGUAGCUCAGCCCCGAAUGAUCGAGGAGGGGGCAAGAGGUGCGGCGGGACAAGGCGCGGCAACGAGACCGCGGCGCUGAUGGGCGCGGCCAGCUUCGACGGUAGUUUAGAAGUGCCCGAGUCGGAUGGUCGAGUCUCGCACGCCACAUCGCAGGCAAGCACAUCGGCGAGGGGCGUGGGGCAAGCGGUCUCUCCCGAGAGUAACGGCGGCUCUAACGGGCCGGAGAGCGUCAAAUCUUGCUCGUACUCUGAUGAUUGGGAGGGGGAAGAGGAGGAAGAGAAGCUUGGGCACUCGAUUUCGGGAGAGCCUCGUGAAGCCUCGAGCACGUUGGCUACCUCAGAGCGCGCAGAGACUGCUGUCCCUGAACUUCCACCGGUGCCUGCCACGUCCGCAGGGGUUUCGGGUACCCCCGGCGGCAGAGACCGCGCCGCAACUGCCCGCCCACAGGAAGCGGGGCCCGGAACAAUAGCGCCUGCAUCGGAGUCAACGAGCCCGGAGAACAAACCGACCGCGUGCUGCUCAGACCUUAAGGAUACCGACCCCCGCCAAGAGGAGGAUGACUUUGGUUCGGUGCCAUACGGUCCGGGAGCGAUGGUUCUGCUCGACCAGAUCUCGCCGCGAGCGGUUGGUGGUAGUGGGCAGGUGGCGGUCGAGGACGGCAGAUCGCAGAGGAGCUGCGACGAGAGCUUGUCUGCGUCUGGUGGAGUGUGUUUGUCGGGAGAACCGGCGGCGCCGGGCUCCAGGUCGUCCUUAUCGUCAUCCCCGGUGUCGGCACCGCGUCGCCUUGCUGGGCCCGGAGCGAGCAGCCUGCGAGUUCACCAGAAAUUUGGACGGCUUCCCUUGGCGUUCCUACCGCGGGCCUUCGACCGGCGGGAGGGGCGGGGUCAUCCCGGUCAAGCUUGGCGGAAGAGAUUGUAG